ACAACAUUUUGACAGAAAAGACAGCAUGGGAAUUUCAACUUGUCUGCUAUCAAGUACUGGAAACCCAACCUGAGCCCAGAUUUCCAAAUAAAAGAUGUUUCCCUGCAGUGGAAGAGCUUCUAGAGGGUUACCUACUAAAUAAGUCAAAUUACAUGAUGAUUGAAGAUAACAAAGAGAAUGAAAACCAUGCAUCUGAAGGAGGAAGAACAGCCAUCGUUUUUUCCUUGAAGAAUGAAAUUGGAGGUCUUGUAAAAGCAUUAAAACUCUUUCAGGAGAAGCAUGUAAAUCUGGUACACAUUGAGUCACGGAAAUCCAAGAGACGGAAUUCUGAGUUUGAGAUCUUUGUGGACUGUGACAGUAACAGUGAGCAACUGAGUGAGUUCUUCCAGCUCCUAAAAUCCCACGUCAAUGUUGUCUCUAUGAACCCGACGGAGCAUUUCAAUGUCCAGGAAGACAACAUGGAGAAUGUUCCCUGGUUUCCAAAGAAGAUCUCAGAUUUGGAUAAGUGUGCAAACCGAGUCCUGAUGUAUGGGUCUGAUUUGGAUGCUGACCAUCCAGGUUUCAAAGACAAUGUCUAUCGCAAGAGACGAAAGUAUUUUGCAGACCUGGCUAUGAACUACAAACAUGGUGACCCAAUUCCUAAGAUUGAAUUCACUGAGGAGGAGAUCAAGACUUGGGGAACUGUGUACCGAGAGCUUACCAAGCUUUACCCAACUCAUGCCUGCAGAGAAUACCUUAAAAACUUACCCCUGCUCACCAAGUACUGUGGUUACAGGGAAGACAACAUCCCCCAGCUGGAAGAUGUGUCCCGCUUCCUGAAAGAGCGCACAGGUUUCACCAUUCGCCCUGUUGCUGGAUACCUGUCGCCCAGAGACUUCUUGGCAGGAUUAGCAUUCAGAGUUUUUCAUUGCACUCAAUAUGUUAGACACAGCUCGGACCCUCUUUAUACACCAGAGCCUGAUACCUGUCAUGAGCUCCUUGGCCACGUCCCUCUUUUGGCUGAAUCCAGUUUUGCCCAGUUCUCCCAGGAAAUUGGUCUUGCAUCACUUGGGGCAUCAGAUGAGGCUGUCCAAAAACUGUCAACAUGCUACUUCUUCACUGUAGAGUUUGGCUUGUGCAAGCAAGAGGGACAGCUACGAGUUUAUGGGGCUGGCUUGCUCUCUUCGAUUAGUGAGCUCAAGCAUUCACUCUCUGAUGGUGCCAAAGUCAAACCUUUUGAUCCAAAGGUCACCUGCAAACAAGAAUGCCUCAUUACAACUUUCCAAGAUGUUUACUUUGUUUCUGAAAGUUUUGAAGAAGCAAAGGAAAAGAUGAGAGAGUUUGCAAAAACCAUCAAGCGCCCAUUUGGUGUGAAGUACAAUCCAUAUACUCAAAGCGUGCAGAUCCUGAAAGACACAAAGAGCAUUGCCAGCGUGGUGAAUGAGCUACGUCAUGAGCUGGACAUUGUCAGUGAUGCCCUCAGCAAGAUGGGCAAGCAGCUGGAAUUUUAACACUGUCAGCAGCGUGGUGCACUCAGCAAUUAUUUUCAUUUUGCUACUGAUUUCUUUCUAGGCAUGUAAUGUGUUGUAUGCAGAACUCUCUUGACAAAUGGGAGAGUGAAUGGCCCAUAAGGAUAAUAACUUUGUCUUGAUUCUCUAUGUGAAGUCCCUUACAGAAUGUAUUCCUCCAUCCCUCUUGGAUAAAAGAGGCCAGGAGUUACAUUUGAGAAGCUGAUGGGGGAGUAGAGGAAUUAUCAGACUGAGACAAGAGUGUGGUCUGUGGAUCAGUGCUGUGAUCAGAUGCUGCAGAAGGUGGCUUAUGAGGCAAUACUGGAAUAAUUCACCACAAGGAAAUGUCUGUUUCUGACUCUAGUAGUCUACGCUACUACUCUUAGUAGCAUUGCAGACUUCAUAGCAUAGAAGCCAUAGUAGUCAGUGCUUCUGAGUGCUUCUAAGUCUGUGCUAAGUUUUAAAACUUGGUUGUUACAAUGCAGGCAUCAGGACACAAAUAGCUAGAGGUUCACUAUGAGAGGUCAAAUCUUGCUUUCAAAGGAAUUGUUAUUGCCUCCAAAGAAUUGUGAAUGUCCUAUUUGGCAUGCUUCUAGUGUAAGCAGAGAUAUAGAGCUGAUGCAUGAAAUCAUUAUUCUGUUUAAGAGAUUUUCUAUCAAGUCAGAGUCAGGAUUUUUGUUGUUGUCCUUCCUGAGGGAAGACCUUUCCGUUACAGAAAUACCAUUUGCCUUUUUCCUAAUUAAUUUAGCAAAACAUACAGCAAGGCAUCAGGUAUUGACUUAGCCCAAAGCCUAAAACCAUUUCCAAAUUAAAAUUUAAUAUUCAAAAUAGCAUCUUCAGUUCUAAAAUAAUGCCAAAGUUCAUACUCUAGUCUGCUUUUUGUAGAAAUAAGUAUCCUAUUGAUUGCUCCAUCAUAUUGUUGAACUGCACAAGCCUCACAAAGAAACAUUUUAUUUCUUCUUUACUAGGCCUGAACACCUUCAAUUCCCUGUUGAGCAAGGGAUAACUGAAAGACUCAAGCAUUUCAUAGGAAUUCUAUGGCUAUGAAUGCAACAAACUACCUUAUUGCAUAAAGUAUAUCUAAUUCCAAAGAGCACUUUACAAGUGGUAGGAAGCAGUGUCGCUGCUGAAUUGUCUGAAUCACAUAGUAGCAAACUUCCUCAUUUUCAGGGCUCCAUAGUCCCAAGCAUCCUGCAUGGCUGCACAAAUGUGUGCCGGCUGCUGGUUCUGCCAUCCCUGGCAGUGACGUGAAAUGUGCACAGGAUGUGAUACACCUGAAUGGCAGGUCAGUGAUGUGCAGGUUGUAUUUAAUGGCAUGCCAGGCAGUGAUUCUUUAUAGGCAGAGCUUGUCAGGAAAUACAGAAUUUGUGGUGGUGAAGGUGACUGGAAAGAUGGGCUGAAAUAUUAAAUACAGUGGAGAUGCUAGUCUGGGAUUUUGAGAAUUCAAAAGGACUUUGAUGAACCUCUGCUUGAAAAUCAGUUGGAGUUUCAAAUGCUUUCUAGUAGGCCACAUCUGCUCCAGAAGCAAUUGCUGGCUCAGUCCUUCCAAAUAUAUUCUCUCUUUAAAUAAAGUCUAGGUUUUUUUUUUUUGUGACUAUUAACCUAAGAUAACUUUCUUUAUUAAACAACAUUUGAGAUGUAGGAAUGUGGUCCACACCAUUUAUGGCAUAAGUUACACUUUACAAGCUUUUAGAAGCUUUAUCUUUCUAAAGGAGCAACCCUCUCAAAAGGGAGUAAUGAGAGAGGGUCUAUUUUGUCUGCUUCUGUGGUAACAGUGAAUACUCAACUGCGUUUUAAAAAAUGUUGGGAUUAUUAUGUUGUGGAAAUAGACAUAGACCUGUGUUAUUUCAGAUUCUUCAACUAUGUACACUUUUCAAGUAGGAAACCUUAUACUUGAUAAAUUAGCACCCAAUUCUGAAUACUUCGGGAAAACAGCAAUUGUAUCAUUAUUUGCAUUUUUGUAGCAAAAAAGAGAAGUAAACUGCUAUCAUAGAAGAUGUAUUUCCAUGGCAUUAACAACACUUAUGUUUGAAUUCAUGCAUCCAAACCUUCUGUCUAUGUAGAACUGUAAUAAUUUAAGUAUUUUAAACUACUGUGGAUAUUUAAAAUGUCAAUUAAAUAAAAACUUGUUGCUAAUUAUUAGAAGCAACUGCUUCUGCACUGUAGC